UGCCGCAGUGGAUGACGGGAGCCCGCGCGCCCAAAGCGGCCAAGAGGACUUAGGGAGCAGACAACCGCCGCAAGGCAAGCCCUCACCAGUGCGCAUGCGUGGCUCUCCGGUACCGGUCCGUACUCCAGCGUCGUGAAAAUCUCACGGGUACAGGGCUGUACACGCGUAGCCGCCAUCACUCGCCGAACGUCUUCCGCGAAGGACUGGACGCUGGACGUUCUACCUAGAGGAACUUGGAGGGCCAUGGCGGACUCGACGUUUCUGGCACCAGAGCUAAGCGACGCAGAGUCGAUGGGUGAAGAGACGGUGCGGUUUCAGGAGUUGCUGCUGAAGGCUUCCAAAGAGCUCCAGCAAGCCCAGACAGCCAGGCCAGAAUCUACACAGAUCCAGCCAAAGCCUGGUUUCUGCAUAAAGACCAACUCUUCGGAAGGAAAGGUUUUCAUCAACAUCUGCCACUCUCCCUCCAUCCCUCCCCCGGUGGACGUGACUGAGGACGAGCUGCUUCAGAUGCUGGAAGAGGACCAAGCUGGCUUCCGAAUCCCCAUGAGCCUGGGAGAGCCACAUGCUGAGCUGGAUGCAAAAGGCCAGGGCUGUACUGCCUAUGACGUCGCUGUCAAUAGCAACUUCUAUCUGAGGAUGCAGAACAGUGAUUUCUUGCGGGAACUAGUGGUCACCAUUGCCAGGGAGGGCCUCGAGGACAAGUACGGCCUACAGCUAAAUCCUGAAUGGCGCAUGCUGAAGUACCGGUCUUUCCUGGGCUCCAUCUCACAGCAGAACAUCCGUUCCCAACAGCGCCCACGGAUCCAGGAGCUGGGGACCCUGGAUGCCAGUGACUCACUGGGAACCCAGCAUGGCCCAGAGCGGCCUCACCUGAGCCUGUGGUUGGAAGCUCCUGAUCUCCUCUUGGCUGAAGUUAACCUUCCUAAACUGGAUGGAGCCCAAGGGCUGGCACUGGAGAUAGGAGAGAACCGCCUGGUGAUGGGAGGCCCCCAGCAGCUGUACCACCUGGACGCCUCCAUUCCCCUGCGGAUCAAUACCGAGGCAACCAGGGCUGCUUUUCACCACAGGAGAAAGCAACUGAUGGUGUCCAUGCCCCUCCUGGCCGCAUCGUCCUGACCAGCGUGUCCUGCAUUUCCGGAUGUAGCUGAUGUCUUCCUAAGAGAAGUGAACAGGUUUCCAGUUCUCUCCUGCUCCAGGCAAUGAUGCACAGAGGGAGGAAGGGAAGAGAAACGCCAGCUCUGACUCAGUGUCCCCAAAGUCUGUCUCUUUCUCAAGGCCAUGGCCUCCUGAGCACUUUGGACUCCUGUCUUUUACUGGGCUCCCCUGGGCUCCAGAGCUAACCCACUUCUUUCCUAUCCCACUUCCUUAUACCAGCGAGAACGUCUCGGCAUCCAGGCUCAGCUCUGGUCCCUCCUUCCUAGACAAGGCUCUUCCUGCAUGGACGUCCAGCAGUCCCCAGAAUAAAUGUCCCACCAUACCACCGA